AUGGAUGAGGAUACCGUCAACUUCGGCAGCCCUGCCAACGCCGGAACACCAUCCAGCAACCCGCCUGUCGCGGCACCACCCGCAGACGAGCCAUCGACAACUGCCCCCGAAGAUGUUCACAUGGGCGACGGGGAUGCCGCGGACACACAAGAUGCACCCAGCACAACAGAACCAGCCAUCAAGGAGGACAGCGCCACACCCGCCGUAGCAGGCCUUUCCGACAGCGCACUCAAUGCGUCCGAGGCACCAGCAGCCGCGACGGGCGGCGCCGAGGACGAGGAAAUGGGCGACGCAGCCAACGGCGGCUCGGCAGACGCGACAGCAGCACAAGCGUCGGGCGACGCGGCUGAAGACACCAAGGUUGAUGUGACGGCCGGCGACAACGGCACACCGGCAGCGGCAGCUGGCGAGGGUGCGGCGGAGGCAACGGGCGAGGCGUCGGGCGAGGCGGACGGCGCUGCCGAGGGCGCUGCUGCCGAGGGCGAGGACGGCGCUGCCAGCACCACCAAGUCCAAGGAGACGGUCGAGAACGCUGCGCGCGAGCACCUCAUUACGCAGACGCACGCCAUCAUCCUCCCCAGCUACAGCACCUGGUUCGACAUGAACAAGAUUCACAACAUUGAGCGGAAAGCCCUGCCCGAGUUCUUCAACAGCCGCAACCGCAGCAAGACCCCGCACGUCUACAAGGACUACCGCGAUUUCAUGAUCAACACCUACCGCCUCAACCCCGUCGAGUACCUGACCGUCACCGCCUGCCGUCGCAACCUGGCAGGCGACGUCUGCGCCAUCAUGCGCGUGCACGCCUUCCUCGAGCAGUGGGGCCUCAUCAACUACCAGGUCGACUACGAGCAGCGCCCGUCCCAUGUCGGCCCUCCCUUCACCGGCCACUUCAAGAUCAUUGCCGACACGCCGCGCGGUCUGCAGCCAUGGCAGCCUGCUGCCGAUCCCGUCAUCGUCGGCGGCAAGAAGCACGGCGACACCGACGCACGCGCCGCCACGGGCGUUGCGCCCAAGUCGGAGCUGAACCUCGAGGUCGGCCGCAACAUCUACGAGGCCAACGCGCGCGGCGCCAAGGUCUCCGGUGCCAGCGGCACUGCCGCCGCCGCGUCUGCGGCAGCCAAGACGGAGGCCAAGACGAACGGGGAGGCACCGCACGCUGCCGGUGCAACGACGAACGGCACACAGAACGGCACCCCCGCACCGGGCGCAUCAUCGGCAUCCGCUGCUGCUGCCGCCGCCGAAGAGCUGACCAAGAAGCCGAGUGUCAAGGUCAACUGCCACCUGUGCGGCAUCGACUGCACCCGCAUCUACUACCACAACCCCCAGGCCGAGGGCAACCCGCGCGCCCAGUACGACCUGUGCCCCAGCUGCUACCUCGAAGGCCGCAUGGCGGGCAACCAGACCAGCGCGCAGUAUCUGCGCAUGGAGAACCCCACGUACUCGUCUGUCCUCGACCGCGACGCGCCCUGGAGCGAUGCCGAGCUGGUGCGCCUGCUCGAGGCCAUUGAGCGCUUCGACGACGACUGGGGCCAAGUGGCCGACCACGUGGGCACGCGCACGCGCGAGGAGUGUGUUUUGCAGUUCCUGCAGCUGGACAUUGAGUCCAAGUACCUGGACUCCGAGGUCACGGAGCAGGCCCCCGUGGGCCUGUCGAUCCUGGGCGGCGGCGGCGGCCGUCUGCCCUUCAACCAGGCCGACAACCCUGUCAUGUCGGUGAUUGGUUUCCUGGCCAGCCUGGCGGACCCGGCCAGCACGGCGGCGGCGGCCAACAAGUCGCUGGACGAGCUGAAGCGCGGCCUGCAGAAGAAACUGGAAGCUGGCGGCGAGGAGGCGGCAUCGGACGACAAGGACAAGGACAGCAAGGACAAGGCGGCCACGGCCGGUACGGACGGCCGCAACGACGAUGAUGCCAUGGAUGUGGACGGCACGCGGUCGACCGACGUGUCCCUGACGACCAAGACGACCACCACGACGACCACCACAACCACGACGACGUUGAGCAGCGCACAGCAGAACCUGGCCAACCUGCCGCUGGCGUCCAUUGGCGCGCGGUCGGGCGGCCUGGCGUCCCACGAGGAGCGCGAGAUGACCCGCCUCGUGUCGGCCGCCGUCAACGUCACCCUGCAGAAGAUGGAGCUCAAGCUCAAGUACUUCAACGAGAUGGAGGCCGUCCUGCAGGCCGAGCGCCGCGAGCUCGAGCGCGCGCGCCAGCAGCUGUUCCUCGACCGCCUGUCGUUCAAGCGCCGCGUGCGCGAGGUCCAGGAAAACCUCAAGACCGCCGCCGCCACCGGCGGCGACCAGGGCCUGCGCUUGGCCCAGGACGCCCUCGUCGACGGCCCGCGCCUGGCUUUCCCGCCGGCCACGCCGGCCGGUGGUGUGCAGCCCCUGAGCGCCACGCCCGGUGCGGCACGGAGUCUGGAGCUGUAA